GAGUAGCUGUGUCAUGCACUAGCUCCUUAGGAUCUAGUAUCAUUACUUUUCAUAAGAUCAGCCAUCCAGAAUGCUCACUGAUGGGAAAUAGCAGGAAAUUAUGAUUUAGAGACCUAAAGUGCUUUACAGAUUUUAAAAGCCCCUGGGACAUUCGGUGGAAUACGACACUUUUCACUCAGGGUGUGUUCCUGGUGCUUUUUCCAGAAUGUGGAAAAAACAAUUACUGCUGUGCACCCUCAUAGGAGUGCUCUUUUUGGGCAUCCUUCCAAAACUUAAUGCUCAGGAGGCUUUGGCUGUUUCCAAAAGAGACAUAAUAUUUCUUAUUGAAAGCAGCAUGGGUCCUCAAAAUGUCAAUGCAGUUCGUGAAUUCAUCAAAAAAUAUAUUGACACAAUGCCAAUAGGACCUGACCAGGUGCAGAUUGGAGUGGUUAUGUUUUCCAACACCCCAAGACUUGAAAUUGACCUGAACUCAUACAAAUCAAAGGAAGAGUUAAUCGCUGCCCUUGCCCGAAUUAAACCCAAACAAGCAACUGAAGUCAACAUCGGUGCUGCCUUGAACUUUGUAAGAACCGACAUGCUCCGACCUGAGAAAGGAAGUCGCAUUCAAGACAGAGUGCCACAGAUUGUGUUGCUGAUCACCAACAAAAAGUCAAAAGACAGUGUUCAGCAACCAGCUGAAGCCCUGCAACGAUUAGGUGUCCUGACUAUGUCUGUUGGUUCUGGAAAAGCUGAUAGAGCUGAACUUCAGCAAAUAGCAUUUGAUCAGAGCCUCGUCUUUAUAUUAAAGGACUUACGUCAAAUACAAAGAGUAGGCCAAGAGAUUGUCUCUAAAAUGUCUACAAUCACCGGUGUUGUAGUGACAGAGGGACCAACAGAACCAGAUAUUGAAAUUACAACUAUCCAGACCCAACGAGUAAUAAGGGACAUUGUCUUCCUGAUUGAUGGAUCCGUUGGAAAUGCAAACCUGCCAGCUGUAAGAGACUUCAUCUCUAGUAUUGUCGAUAAGUUAGAUGUCCGGCCUGAAAGAGUGCGCAUUGGCCUGAUGCAGUUUGCUGAGCGUCAGAAAACUGAGUUCUAUUUAAGGUCUUAUAGCACGAAACAAGAUGUGCUCACUGCAAUAGCUCAGCUACAACUGAUGGGAGGAAAUGCACUGAAUACCGGAGCAGCACUUCAGUACGCUUUAGACAACCAUUUCCGACCUUCAGCUGGUUCUCGCAGAAGAGAAGGAGUACAACAGGUCUUGGUACUGCUCACUGCAGGUCCAUCUCAGGAUGAGGUUUUUAAAAUUGCAGACAAAAUAGCACUUGCUGGAGUUCUAACUUUUGCUGUCGGAGUUGGUCAGGUGCAAGAGGCUGAAUUGAAAAAAGUUGCUUUUGUUGAGAAUCUGGCGUACUAUCAGAACAGCUUUACUGGCUUGCCAGAGGUUGCUGAAAAAAUUAUGACACCACUUAUCACUGUUGUUGGAGAGCCAGUUACUACUCCUCCAGUUACUGAUCGUGGUGAGAGGGAUGUUGCAUUUUUAAUAGAUGGCUCUGAUGCUGUUAGAGAUGACUUUGGAUAUGUCCGUGACUUUUUAAUUAAAGUAAUUGAGCCCCUUGAUAUUGGCAGUGACAAAGUGAGAGUUGCUGUUGUCCAACACAGUAAUAGACCAACUCCAAAUUUCUACCUAAACACUUAUAAAACCAAAGACGAAGUAAUAAGGGCUAUUAGGGGGCUUAAUCCUACUGGUGGCAGAUUCCUAAAUACAGGAGCUGCUUUGACAUACAUGAAGGACACAGUUUUAUCAUCAGCUUAUGGCAGCAGAGCUGCCCAAAAUGUCCCUCAGUUUUUGAUUGUUCUGACUGGAGAUAAAUCAAGGGACAGUGUGACGGGACCUGCUGGUGGUUUAAAAACUGAGGGAGUGGUACCUUUCGGCAUUGGAGUGAAAAAUGCGGAUCGUAAGCAGAUUGCAGACAUUUCUCACAAUCCGUUGUUUACCUUCAAUAUAAAAGAAUUCAGCCAGCUUGACAACUUACACGAAAGGAUUAAAACCUUUGUUAGUGUAUCAAAGGCUGAUUUAGAAAUCAUCAUUGAGGAUGCAGAGUCUCUGGGUCCCAAAAAGGAUAUUGUCUUUGUUAUUGAUGGAUCAGACGGCGUUGGGAGAGAGUUCCCUAUCAUCCAGCAGUUUGUUACCAGGGUUGUAGAUAACCUAAAUGUGGGUGAAAAUAAAAUUCGAGUAGGUGUAGUGCAGUACGGAGACACUCCACGGGCAGAUAUAUACCUGAAUUCCUACAGGACCAAAGAGGAGGUUCUAAAUGCCAUCAAAGAACUCAGACAGCAUGGAGGAAGUCAGCGCAACCUUGGUAGCGCCAUACAAUUGUCCCGGGAAGUGCUGGAUUCAGGUCGUGGGGGCAGGAAGCAGGAAGGUGUCCCACAGUACGUGGUGGUAAUUUCAGGUGGAAAAGCUACUGACAAUGUAGUAAAACCAGCAACUACAUUGAAAGAAUCAGGGAUUUUGUCCUUUAGUAUUGGAACAAGGGAUAUUGACCCUCAAGAGCUGCAGGUGGUCUCGUAUGUCCCCAACUUCGCUUACACUGUGGAUGAUUUACCUGGCCUUUACACUGUUCAAGAUCAACUCCUUACAGCAUUCUCUAAUGAAGAACUCAUCAACCUCAGACCUGUCUUUCCCCCUGUCUUUCCCUCAGCACCAGUAAUUCCAACUGGAGAGAAAAAAGAUGUAGUCUUCCUCGUUGAUGGAACAACUACGAUGCGUGCCAUGUUCCCUGCCAUAAAAGAUAUGAUUCUGAACAUUGUUGAGAAGCUAGACGUUGGCUUAGACAAGGUUAGAGUUUCAGUGGUGCAGUACAGUGAGGACCCCAAACUGGAAUUCCUACUCAACGAGCACUCUACAAAAGAGGAGGUUCGCCAGGCAGUGAGAAAAAUUAGAAGCAAAGGAGGCAGAUUACUGAAUACUGGCCAAGCGCUCAACUGGGUCUCAAGGAAUGUCUACCAAAGAUCAGCUGGCAGCCGUAUCGAAGAGCAAGUGCCCCAGUUUCUCAUCUUAGUUACUGGUGGCAAGUCCAACGAUGAUGUAUCCGGCCCUGCUAACCAACUGAAGGUCGACUUUGUGGCACCUUUGGCGGUUGGGACAAAUACGGCUGAUUCGGAGGAGCUCAGAAAAAUCUCUUUGAAUUCAGAUCAGGUAUUCUUUGUUAGAGACUUUCAGCAGGAACCAAAAGUGGAGCAGAAGCUUUUGAAUGCAAUUAGUACUAUGAAGACUGAAGUAAUCAUAGAACAACAAGGGCUGGAUCUUGGAAAGAAGGACAUUGUGUUCCUAAUCGAUGGUUCUGACAACACCGGACCAAAUGGAAUCGCUCAUAUCCGGGAUUUUAUCAUUAAGAUUGUCCAGCAGCUUAACGUGCGACCUGAUCAAGUGCGUGUGUCUGUGGUGCAGUACGCCGACAAACCCAAAACUGAGUUCUCGCUUAUAACUCAUAAGGACAAGCAAGCUGUGCUUUCAGCUGUUAAGAGACUGCGUCAGAUGGGUGGUCGGGGUGUGAACCUAGCUGAAGCUAUUGAUCAUGUGAUUUCUAAUGAGCUGAAGAGAUCUGCAGGGGCACGGCUGGACGAGGCCUCUCAGCAUUUGGUGGUUCUCACAGGUGGAAAAUCAACCACUGAUGUCUCAACAUAUGGCCCAUUCCUUAAAAAUUCCAAAGUUAACUGUAUAGCUAUUGGGGCUGAGGGAGCAGAUGCAGGACAACUCAGAGAGAUUACAACCACACCAGCUAAUGUUUUGCAGGUUCCGACUUUCCCAACACUGCCAAGCAUUCAGGAAGUAUUUAUUUCUAGGCUGAAUGGAACAGUUGAUAUUCCUACUGUUGCCCCUACAGCUUCUCUUCCGAAUGCCAGGAAUGCUGAUAUUGUCUUUUUGGUUGACGGUUCUAUCAAUCUUGGCAAGGGAAAUUUCAAAGAGGUCAUGGAGUUUAUCAGUAACCUCAUUGACCUAUUUUAUACGGAGAACGACAACUUUCAGUUUGGGCUGACACACUUCUCCAAAGAUGUUACAGAUGCUUUCUACCUCAAUACAUAUAAAAACAAGGAUGACAUUAUGACUGCCAUCAGCCAGGUGGAGUACAAGGGUGGCCGAGGCAUCAAUACUGGCAAUGCCAUAAGACAUAUUCAGCAAACACAAUUUGUAAAGGAAAAGGGCAGUCGAAAAGAUAAGGGCAUUCCUCAGAUUCUGAUGGUAGUAACUGGUGGACGUUCACAGGACGAUGGUAAAUCAGCAGCGCUUGCCCUUCAAAGCACAGGUGUUCGUAUUUAUGCCGUUGGUGUGGGUGAUAUUGAGGAUGAGCUCCUUAAGUUGAGCAGCGAGGCCACUACAAUGGCCAGGGCCAGCACCUUUCAAGAGCUUUCUGAGUUAAAUGAGGUGAUUUUGGACACACUGGAUACCGAAAUCAUGGGACGUGGACUGUGUACAGGUGUACAAGUACAAGCCCAACCAUGCAACUUGGAUGUCCUCAUUGGAUUUGACGUGGCUUCAAAGGACAUCUUUGCAAGUCAGAGAUCAUUAGAGAAUAAGGUGGCUACUCUCCUGCAGCGAAUCGCACAGAUGCAACCCAUCAGUUGCUCUUCCACUCAGCUUCCAUCAAUUCAAGUGGGCCUAUUAGCAAUGGAGUCCAGGCCUGUUCAGCUAGCUUUCACUGAUAGCUACACUCAGCUUAUUGAGUCCUUCAGAUCUCUGCGCACCCGUGGACCAUUCGUCUUAAACGAAAAAACUAUUGAUGCAUACGGUUCAAUGUUCAAGGGCCGUCCUGAUGACAGAGUUAAGAUCAUAAUUCACCUCACUGAUGGACUGGAUAGCCAGUAUAAUGUCAUGAAGAAGCAAAUUGAGAUGCUCCAUACAGUUGGUGUCAGCGCCUUUAUCUUGGUUGCUCUGGAGAGGGUACAACGCUUUGAAGAUCUAACGCUUCUAGAAUUUGGACGGGGUUUUAGGUACACACAACCACUUCGUAUCAACCUAAUGGACCUGGAUUAUGAACUGCUUGAGGAACUGGACAACAUUGCAGAAAGGGAGUGCUGUUCUGUGCCUUGCAAGUGUGCUGGCCAAAGAGGAUACAGAGGAGCUGUUGGUUUUAAUGGACAAAAGGGAUUACCUGGUGCCCCUGGCUACAGAGGACAUCCUGGAGAUGAAGGUGGACCGGGAGGCAGAGGUCCUACUGGCGUGAAUGGAACACAUGGUUUCCAAGGGUGCCCAGGACCAAGAGGUGUAAAGGGUGCACGUGGAUACAACGGUGAAAGGGGUGACACUGGAGAGGAUGGUUUAGAUGGCAUAAACGGCGAGGAGGGCAUACGUGGAGUUUCUGGCCCAUCAGGAGACAGAGGCAGCAACGGGCAAAGGGGUCCUAAAGGGGCUAAGGGCCAGGCAGGAGAUGUGGGCUCGACAGGCAUUCGUGGUGAUCCAGGCACCACAGGAAAGGACAACGCCCAGAGAGGACCAAAGGGAGAUCCAGGCGAUGCCGGCCCUCCGGGAGAACCUGGGGAGGAUGGUAGAAAAGGAGGAGCAGGAGAAGCAGGAAGACGGGGUUCUGCUGGUAGAAGGGGUGUACCUGGGCAGCCUGGUGGGCUUGGACAGCCUGGAGAAAAUGGUCUUCCAGGGGAGCCUGGAAUCGGAGGGUCACGGGGUCCCAGAGGACCAGGGGGAACACCAGGAGUCAAGGGAGAGGAUGGUAAUCCUGGACCUAGAGGUCCAGGAGGAGCCCAAGCGCCAGCCGGAGAGAAGGGCAGGCGAGGUGCCAUUGGCCGCAAGGGUGAACCAGGAGACCCAGGACCAAAAGGUACCUUGGGACCAGCAGGGACAAGAGGAGAUCCAGGAGAAGAUGGACGAGAUGGAUUUGGCACACCUGGUCCUAAAGGAAGAAAGGGUGAUGAAGGGUUCCCUGGAUAUCCUGGUCCAAAGGGGGCAUCUGGAGAGUCUGGAACCAAUGGAGGACCUGGACCCAAAGGAAACAGUGGCCAGAGAGGUGUUUCAGGUGGUACUGGUAAGCCUGGACAGAAAGGAGAACUUGGCUACCCUGGAUCUAAUGGCGAGAAAGGUCCCAGUGGACCAGGCAUCAGGCGCUCAACACAAUGUGACCUGGUCAAGAAAAUCAGAGAUAACUGUCCAUGCUGCUAUGGUUCUCAGGAGUGCCCUCUGUAUCCUACUGAGCUAGCCUUUAACCUUGAUUCAUCAACUGGUGCUGAUGUCGCUUUCAACAAUACCAAAAAUUCUGUACGCAAACUUCUAGACAGAAUUACAAUCACAGAGAGCAACUGUCCACGAGGAGCUCGAGUGGCCAUGACGCUCUUCAACAAUGAGGUGACCACCGAGAUCCGUUUUGCUGAUGCCUUGAAAAAGCAGACCCUGAUAAAACGCUUGGAAAACCUUCAGCCUGUGCAGACGUCCAGGCAGCGCAAUCUGACCACUGCCAUAAACUUCUUAGUCCAAAACACCUUCAAGAGGGUGCGGAGCGGGUUCUUGGUACGUAAGGUAGCUGUAUUCUUCGUGAAUGGCCCUGUAAGGGACUCGAAAGGAAUUGCAACUGCUGCUCUACGCUUGUAUGAUUCUGGAAUACAUGCUGUCUUUGUGCUGACCAGAGAGGAUAAUGACCUCCGAACAGCUCUGCAGCUUGAUGCAGCGAACAGCACUGCACAAGUUGUGGUCCUACCAUCCCCUACCAACGCUGAAUACAACAACAAAAUUAAGAGUAUAUUGGACUGCCAAAUCUGCCUAGACAUCUGUACCCCUAGUCCGUCGUGCAACUAUGAGCCGUCCCGCAGUAGGGGAAAACGUGCCUCCACCUCGGACUUAGACGUUGACAUGACUUUCAUCCUUGACAGCUCUGAAAGCACCUGGCCCAGCGUCUUUACAAAGAUCAAACAAUAUAUUUCUUACAUGGUGGAACAGCUUGAAAUUUCAUCUGAACCAGCCACGAGCACCCAUCAUGCUAGAAUUGCACUGGUCCAGCAUUCCCCUUAUGAAUAUCUGUAUAAUGGCAGUGGCAUUCCUAUACGCAUAGGAUUUGGUUUGACAGCCCACCGAUCGAUACAUGACAUCCAGAGCUUCCUUCUGGACAAAGUGCAACAGCUGGAAGGGGGCAGAGCUCUAUCCGCUGCACUGGAAGGUACGGUGGAGCACGUGUUUGAGAAAGUGCCAAAUCCUCGCCAGCUGAAGGUGCUCGUAUUGUUUGUGACCGGGCCGGUGAAAGAGAACGUGGAGAAGCUGGUGAAGACUGCCAUUGAGAUCAAAUGCAAAGGUUACAUCAUUGUGGUGAUAGGAAGUGGUAAUCAGCUUUGUGCUAGGGAUGUACGGGUGCUUUCUCAAGUGGCAAGUGAGCCUUCAGACGUGUUCUUUAAAAAUACAGAUGGAUACUUGGGCUUCCAAGCUGACAAGCUUCAGUUGUUUGCUCAACUACUGCCCCAGUACCUUAGCUUGGGGAAUGCCUUUUACAUGUCUCCUGAAAUCGAACAACAAUGCCAGUGGUACCAAAGUGACCAACCAGACAAAAACUUCCACAGAACACAAGAUGUGAUCAUAACUGAUGAUAAACACUCUGAACAGAAUCAUAAACACACUGAACAUAGGAAAGAUCAUGAACACAAACAUGCAGAAGUAACUGCUGAAGAAAUGCACCUGGUCAAUGUUACCUCAAGAAGCUUCACUUUGUUCUGGGACACUGAGGAUCCAAGUGUCACCCAUGAGGUCAGCGUAACCCACCUACGGGAUCAGAGCCUGGUAGUGAGAAGGAACGUGUCUGGUCACCACCUUACUCUUCAUGAUCUGGAACCCAGUCAGACUUAUCAUGUAGUAGUCACUGGCCACAGCCUUAAAGGACAGGUUACCAGAAUCUACAAAGGCAUCAUUACCACAAAAGCAGAAGAUCUCACAUUUGAUGCCCCAAGUCAGGUGACCGGGAUUGUGACAACUGCACCACUGAAUGAACCAGAAAUUGUUAAUGACCUUGCAGACCCAUGCACACAUGACUUUGACACUGGACUACCAUGCAAAGACUAUGAGGCUAAGUGGUACUUUGACAAAAAGAAUGGAUUCUGUGUCAAGUUCUGGUAUGGAGGUUGUGGAGGCAAUGCAAAUAGGUUUGACACAGAGGCUCAGUGCCUCAAACACUGCACCAAUACAGUGCUGGAUCAACAACCACAGCAGAAUGUAGACCAGAUGAAAACAGAGGGACAACCACUUUCAGUUGCACUACAUUCAGUGGCAGAUAUCUGUGCGCUGCCUAAAGAAGAAGGCACCUGUGCCAAGUUUGUACUGAAAUGGUACUAUGACAACAUCAGCAAGACCUGCACUCGCUUCUGGUACGGUGGUUGCAGUGGCAACCUAAAUCGCUUUGACACACAAGAGGAGUGUGAAAAUCUGUGUGGAAAACCUGUACCUGUUCAGCAAGCACCUGUACUUGCUGCAAUGAAAACAUAGGAGAAGAAUGAUGUAGUUUUCACCUCUGCUGAAAAAGAGCAUGAAAGCCAAGAAGCCUGCACUGGAUUCUGCCAGAGUACACCUUUAAAGUAGUACUUUUCACCACAAACAGUCUUGCAUGAUGUUUUGUACUGGUGCUAGACAAUCUUUUCAAUUGUUUAUUUGUUUUUGUUUGUUUGUGUGAAUCAUUCAUAUUGUAUCUGUUUAUACAUUUUUAAAUAGCUCAUUGUCUGGGCAAAAGAGUUUUCAUGGUUGUCAAUUCCAUAUGAGCAUUAUUGAAUAACUAUGUAUGAAGUGCCUGAUCACAUGUCCCGGUACAUCUUUGUAAUUAUUGGAGGGACAUUUACUCAUUAUGUUUUCACUACUCACUUGCUCAAAUCCUUGUUUGUGUUUGUGUUCUUUCAUCCAUUUUCGGAACCACAAUUGCACAUAAAAAGUUAAGCUGUUUUCACUAUUAAAAAAUCCAGAAAAUUACACUGAACAAGCACCUUAUUAAGUACACUGCCUGGUACAUACCCUGAUGUUGACUCCUAAUUUUGGAGGGAGGACCAUUAUCAUAAUGGCAAAGAAAUGUGGUAAUCACAUGCUAGUGUUUGUUGUACAUAUAUAAGUUUAGCAGAUGCGGCUGUGUGUGGGAUUUUUAAGCACCUCAGUGUCAAUUGCUCUGAGGAGCUUUAAAAAAGAGCUCUGUUUUCUAACCUACACUUACAACCAGUCAUAACAGAAGAAGUGUUCCUAACUAAGUUUAAACAGUAUUUAAAAAUCCCACUAACACUGCUGCACCUGCUACACUUGUACAGAGCAACAUAUAGCCUACAGUCAGUAUUGUAUACCUGCAAAACUCUAGCUGUAGCUUAUAAAAUAAUCAAUAAUUGCAGUUACACUAUAGAUGUACCUAAUAAAGUGCUUGGUAAGUCAUUCUAAUCCAGUCUUUCUCAAUUUUGGUCCAGGGGUAUUGCCUGCUCUACAUAUUCUUUCAUUUUUUUCUCUGAUUUAUUGCACACUCCUUAUUAACAGUUCUGAACUAGGUAUGUUUGAACAGAAAAAGAGCAAAGUCUGCAGAUGAUAGGUAGUCCAGUGAUGCCCCUUCAUCUAAAUUAAAAUUCUUGUUUCAGUAUAAGACUUCACAAUACAGAAAGCUAAUCUUUGGAUGUACAUGUCAAGCUAUUUUUUAAAAAUGUUUUUGUAGGGUCUUUUGUUCCCAAAUUGGUUUUAUUAAGAUGUCACAAAAUAAAUAAAUUAGUCUUUAUAUUAAA